UCACAACACCGGAAGAUACCCUUUCUCAUCGCCGGGGUGGCAAUUUCCGGCUUGCUGAAGAAAGUUGAUCAGGGAAGGUCUACUGGUUCCUGGAUUUUGAAAAAUGGAUAGCCAGGGAAGGAAAGUGGUGGUUUGUGACAAUGGAACCGGGUUUGUGAAGUGCGGCUAUGCAGGGUCCAACUUCCCUGAGCACAUCUUCCCAGCGCUGGUGGGCAGGCCUAUCAUCCGCUCCACGGCCAAAGUGGGCAACAUUGAGAUCAAGGACCUGAUGGUGGGGGACGAGGCAAGCGAGCUGCGCUCCAUGCUGGAGGUCAACUACCCCAUGGAGAACGGCAUCGUGCGCAACUGGGACGACAUGCGCCACCUCUGGGACUACACGUUUGGCCCUGAGAAACUCAACAUCGACUCGCGCAACUGCAAGAUCCUGCUCACUGAGCCGCCCAUGAACCCCACUAAGAACAGGGAGAAGAUCAUUGAGGUGAUGUUUGAGACAUAUCAGUUUGGUGGUGUUUACAUCGCAAUCCAGGCUGUGCUCACUCUUUAUGCUCAAGGUCUUCUCACUGGAGUGGUCGUGGAUUCAGGUGAUGGAGUCACACACAUCUGUCCGGUUUAUGAAGGUUUCUCUCUUCCCCAUCUUACCAGACGACUAGACAUUGCAGGGCGUGACAUCACUCGCUACCUCAUCAAGCUGCUGUUGCUGAGGGGCUAUGCCUUCAACCACUCUGCUGACUUUGAAACGGUGCGCAUGAUGAAGGAGAAGCUGUGUUAUGUGGGCUACAACAUAGAGCAGGAGCAGAAAUUGGCCCUGGAAACCACUGUCCUCGUGGAGUCCUACACGCUUCCUGACGGCAGGGUUAUUAAGGUGGGUGGGGAGCGCUUCGAGGCCCCAGAGGCGCUGUUCCAACCGCACUUGAUCAACGUGGAGGGGGUUGGAGUGGCUGAGCUGCUCUUUAACACUAUCCAGGCAGCCGACAUCGACACCAGAGCGGAGUUCUACAAACACAUUGUUCUAUCGGGCGGCUCCACCAUGUAUCCCGGGCUGCCCUCUCGUCUGGAACGUGAGCUGAAGCAGCUGUACCUGGAGCGUGUGCUGAAGGGAGACGUGGAGAAACUCUCGAAAUUCAAGAUCCGAAUUGAAGACCCCCCACGACGUAAGCACAUGGUGUUCCUGGGCGGGGCGGUGCUGGCAGACAUCAUGAAAGACAAGGACAACUUCUGGCUGACGCGCGAGGAGUACCAGGAGAAGGGUGUACGCGUCCUGGAGAAGUUAGGCGUCACCGUCAGAUAAACCUACGAAAACAACCCCCCCCCCCUACCCUCGCCCCAACCACUCCUCACGGACCCACACCACAGCAUCUCCUCCGAUACGAUACCAUUAUAUAUACGAAAACAAAUAUCUAUCAUUUCACUUCACUUCCUAAGUUCUGCAUCUUCUUUCACAGAUUCACGCCAUCCAUAGACAGAGGGAGAGAGAGAGGGGAAAAAAAGGGAGGGAGGUGUUGUUAGGUGGGGGGGUUGAGAUUUGAUAUGUGGGUUUUGGGGUAGAAUCCCUGUCUCUAUUCUCUACUUCUUUGGCUAGGGGGGGAUGCCAUUUUACCCCAAAUAGUAACCAUAGUAAUUGGACAAACCAAAUUAACUCACCCAUUUUGUUGUCAUGAUUACCACUUGUCACCCCGGCCAACGUGCUGGGGUUGUUUUAUAGGCAGGCUUCUCAGAACGAGUGCAGGUUUCUCUCUCUUUUCUUGGUUUUGUAUCUCUCUCCCUCCUGUCUCGGCUGGCUUAUUGCACCAGGCAUAUUUGUCCUUUGAGAAGACAAGUCCUAGGUUACGGAAUUGGUCCAUUUGGGUGUUUUGAAGUCAAAGUGCGGCUUUCUCUUUGCCCUGGUUUGGGUUUGUAGUCUGUAAUGGCCUCCAGUUGACCUCUUCUCUGACCCCUGGAUGUUAUUUAAAACCAGGCAUUGGCCAGACCCCCCCCAUCCCCCCCUCCAGAAUCCUUAACAAUUCCAUAUGAGGACUGUUCUGAUUUCUGUGUCAGUGUCUUUAUUAUUAUGAUUUUAUAUAAUUUCUUUUAUAGAAGGGGAUUGGUUUGUAUGUUUUCUUCUGUUGGAUGAUGUAGAUUUUAUUUUCUUCUUUUCUUUACGGUCUAUCUACUUUUCAUAUGCUUUCUCUCUUUCUUUUGCAGUGUAUUACUUUCAUUGUGUCAGUGUUGGGGCACAGACAUUUGUAAAAGUCAUGUGUUCAUUAAGAAGAUGUCAUCUUCACUCUGACCCUUUGAGAAAUUCCUCAUAUUUUAUUGCUUUUUUGUUUUCUUUUUGAACUAUGGGCAUCUGUAAGGACUCUUAUAAGGGGCAAGGAUCCCCAGAUUCUGCUAUGGUCUGGUGUCAUCGCUAGGGUCAUUGGGGAGAGAGUGUAAUGGUCAAAAUGAAGAAAGGACCAGGUGUCUUUGGGCAUGGAGAUGUUUAAAAACCAACGUUGAGGUCUCUGUCUGCCCCUCAAACGAACGUGUGUACAUUGAAGGCACUUCAUACUCAAUAUAUAACUAUAUAUAUUAUUUUUUUUUCAUAAAUGUUCAUCCAGUGCCAAGCGCAGUUAUUGUAACUGGAUAUUUUUUGUUGUUUUGUUUUAUUUUGUUUUGUUUUGUUCAUAGCAUAACUGCCUAACGCUGAUUUAAAUAAAGAAAGUGAUUUAUAAA